AUGAAGGGACCCACCCCUGGGGCGCUUUGCUCACCAGACACAUUGUCCACCGGGAACGCAGUAACACAGUGCUGGUGUCCACUCUCGAGCUACUCAGUACCGAUGUCUCGUUGGGACCACAGCUGCCACGGGUACCCACGGACGUGCUACAUAAAAAGUCACUCUCCGCCAUCCUCUCGAGGGUACAGCAACAGCACCCGUUCCAGAAGUUCCUCGUGGAGCUGCAACGGACACUGCAGAGGCUCGACCAACGUGGCUGUAUACAUUGGACAGACACUCACAGGAGGUACCACAUGUACCAAUAUGUCAUAA